GGAUUUGGUCCCGUUAUGCCAAAACAGGGAAUACAAUCCGUGAUUGUACUGUAGCCGUUGGAUUAAAUUGGGGCAUGAUCUAAUGGCUGGGGUUAAAGUAGGGGUAUUUAGGGGGGGAAAAAUGGUAACCGGUUGGUUUUUUGUAUUUUAAAUUAAUUAAUUUUUGAAAAACUGACACCGAUUGGCGAUUGACGUGUGAGGUGUGACGUUUGAUGUACGGGUGACAGUUAGCAAUUUUGAAAAGUCACUAAAUAGUGGGUUCGUGGGGUAUUUAGGGCACAUUUGGUUCUUCUUCACACUUCUUCAGAUUUCGUUCUUUUUCUUCUUCUUCUUCUUCUUCUUCUUCUUCUUCACAUUUCCUUGUUCUUCUUCUUCUUCUUCACAUUUCCUUCUUCUUCUUCUUCACAGUUCCUUCUUCUUGUUCUUCACAUUUUCUUGUAGUGAUUAAAAUUAUUUUCAAAUUUGGGGGAGGAAACUGCAGUACGUUCGGAGUUACUGUACUUCGUUUUCUGGUUCUCCGUCUCCGACCUCGGUGUACAAGUUCAUCAUACAUGGCUGGGAAACGCAAAAGGAAAGGGGGAAAUGAACCCGUAAAGAAGGAUGUCACCCCCGAGCCGAACGAUAAUGCGGUUGGUUGGAGAAAUUUCUUCAAUGCGAACUACAAAGCCCUUCGAGCAGCUGAGAAGGGAUUAACUGAGAAAGAGGCUACCGACAAAUUAAAAGUGCAAUAUAAAGGUUUCACCGACGAGGAGAAGUCUGAGUGGAGAAGCUAUGACCCUAACCCUAAUCCCGCUAAGAAGGCCGUGCAAACAAGGGGGAGGAAACCAAAGGCAGCUGAUGCCAAGGGGAAGAAAGUGGAGGUGGAUGAGGAAGAGGGUGCUCCUGAUAGUGAAGAAGCAUCUGUGUACGGUCGAUGCUCCUUCAACCGUUUAAUGAGGAUUUGCAAGAACCUGAACCUGGAGCAGAAAGAUGUGAUCCAAAAUGCUGGAUUUGGAUCAUUCAUCAGAGAGGAUGCACCAUACGUUGACACCCGACUAGUGAGUUGGUUAAUCAAACAUGUUGACCCAACCACUAGCAUACUGGAUUUGUAUGGGAGGAAAAUUCACUUAUCUGCCGCGAUGUUCGGAGAUGUUAUGGGGGUGGACGACGGAGGGGAUCCUGUAGUCACCGAGGGUGAUAGUGACACUCGAUAUCUGGAGGAGAUAUUGAACGUUGUCGAGUACACCGUGUCCUUGACAAUGUUGGAGAAAUCUUUGUUGGAGUGCGUUGAGGCAGACAGCCUAUUUCUCAUUAAAUUUUCUUUGGUGGUCAUAGGGACAGUCCUUGCGCCGAAAACGGGGGUCGAUAUCACUUCGGGGUACUUGCACUCCCUUAGGGUUACCAGGGACAUUCGCCACAAGAACUGGGCGACUGCGGGGUUCAGGUAUCUGAUGAACUCAAUUUUCAGAUUCCGAAAUAAGGCGACGAAGAAUGUAUCUCGUCGCACCUUAUUCCUCCAGGUACAUUGA